GUGUGUACACAAGAUUAUUUCGAGUAUAAAUUAAAAAUGGUAUAUGGCUGAUUUUAUGGAACAUAUUUUAAUAUCAAAGAAGUAGGUAAAAGUCUACAUGAUCAUUAUUAGAUUUAACUUCAUUACAAGUCCUCCUCGCCUGGGAUUAAAUCCAUGAUGUCUUUCUAAUACAUCAUGUCUUUCUAAGCUUUUAUUAUUGAUCAUGGUUAUUCUCAAUCAAAUUCAAGGGUCCUUAUCGCCUUCCCCAACCAAGUAUGACGUUUUUCUAAGUUUCAGAGGUGUUGACACUCGUAAUAGUUUCAUUGAUCACCUUCACAAGGCAUUGUUGGAUGCCAAUAUCAAUACCUUUUUAGAUGAAGAAGAGAUCCAAACAGGAGAAGAUCUUAAGCCAGAGUUGGAGAGCGCAAUCAAAGCUUCCAAGGCCUCCAUUAUUGUGCUAUCCAAGAAUUAUGCUUCUUCAACAUGGUGCCUUGAUGAACUGGUAUUGAUCCUUGAGCUACGUAGGAACUAUAAACAUAUUGUUAUCCCAAUCUUCUACCAUGUGGAGCCCACACAUGUUAGGAAGCAACAAAGCAGCUUUGGAGAUGCUAUGGCUAAGCAUAAACACAGGAUGGAAGCAGAAAUAGAUGUGCAGAAGAGAAAUCAACAGGCAUAUAAGAUGGAGUUAUGGAAGGAAGCCCUUGUGGAGGUUGUUGAUUUGAAAGGAAUGGAUGCAAACGGCUGGUCAUCAUAGACAGGUACCGAUGCAAGGAGAAGGGAAGAUGGAGCUUGUUCAAGACUCAUCUUUCAUUUUGAUUUAUGCUUUAGUGUUUAUCAAAAUUUGACAGAACACUUGUAUAAUAAUUAUAUUAUUAAUGCAAUGGAUGAUGUUGUUGCUUGUUUACUACUUUUCAUUGUUGUGAUACUGUACAUGACG